AUGCUCCGAGCCUCCUCGGACCUCCUGGCCACCCCGGACCUCAGCGUCGUCGACUACAUCAACACAGUCUUCCCUGACCAGGCCUCGCUCCAAUACCUGCCUAAGGUCACGUCGCGGGUCCAGUUUCGGCUGCGGGAGCUGGAGGCGCAGAUCAACUCGACGUCGCGGGAGCAUCUGAGUGCCGCCAAGAAGGCCAUCUCCGAGCUCUUUACCAAGAUCGCUGAGAUCAAGGCCAAGGCUGCAGAGUCCGAGGCCAUGGUCCAAUCCAUCUGCGCCGACAUCAAGAUUCUGGACACGGCCAAGUGCAACUUGUCCAAGACCAUCUCGCUCUUACAUCGUCUGCGGAUGAUGGUCAAAGGCGUCGACCAGCUGGAGCGGGCUCGCGAGCGCGGCGACUUUGCUGAGGUCGCCCAGUUGCUCAAAGCCGUCACCUCGCUCUCGUCCGACUUUGAGAGCUACGGGCACAUUGCCAAGAUCCGUGAGAUGCAGCAGAACAUUGCCGCUAUUCGCGGCGAGCUCAAGGGCCAGAUGCUGGCAGACUUUGAGGAUCUUGGCGCACGGAUCAACGAGGGCAACCGCCCUGCGUAUGCUGCACGCACGGCAGUGGUGGCUGCGCUCGGCGACUCGGUCGUGUCGUCGCUCGUCGACGCCUUUGUCGGCGCCAUGGUCGGGACGUACGAGGCCGAGUUUGGUCGCGAGGGCGGGCCAAACUGGAGUCUCGAGUCGUCAGACGCUCGCUUCACCUGGCUAGUCAAGGCCAUGCGCUCGUUUGACGACACGUACGCCGGCGUCUUCCCCGACUCGUGGCGGGUGGCCGAAAAGGUGGCCAUCGGAUUCUGCGAGAUGACCUGCGAGCACCUCCGCUCGAUUCUCGAGGGCCAGCAGGACAACCUCAACGUGCCCGAGUUCUUGCGGGUUGUCCAGUCGACGCUCGACGUCGAGAUGAAGCUCGCCGCCAAGUUCAAGGUCGAGCGUGUGGCGGCCGCGCCCGGUCGCGCCGUCACCGGCGACGGUUCGCUCUCGUCCAUGCUCUCGGUUGAGGAGCCCGAAGUCGGCGGCCUCUCUGAGUCUGAGGCGCUCAAGCUCAAGUACAAGCGGUACCGGGCGUCGCGCCACGAGGCCGAGGAGCCUGCAGGUGGCAGCAGCUCGUCGGGUGCACCGGCAGUGUCGUACGAAGACAACGCGCUGUUCAAGGGCAUCAUCUCGCGCUCGUUCGAGCCGUACAUGAACCACUACAUCGCGGUGGAGGACAAGAACCUUGCCGAGAUGAUGGAGCGGUUUGUGGCGCAGAACGCGUGGUACCCCGAGGACGAGCACUCGAACAUUUUGACCUCGGCCACCGACCUCGUCUUUUACUUCCGCAAGUCGCUCAUGCGGUGCUCGUCAAUUUCCAAGGGCCAGGCCCUGUUUGACCUGUACAAGACCUUCCGCAAGUACCUUGUGCGGUACACCGAGCUCCUAGUCGAGCAGCUGCCCAAGGGCAAGGUCAUCGGCGAAGCCAGAUCGUACGACGGCAUCAAGGUCCGUCUCUCGCCCACGCUGGUCAUCAACAUCACCAACAUCAUCCACACUGCCGUCUACGUCCAGCAGCAGAUCGAGGCGCUGCAGGAGACGCUCGCCCGCAAGAUUGCGCGGGUCUUCUCGGACCACAUCGACUUUGGCGCCGAGACCCGCGAGUACACCGCUCUCAUCGGCAAGGCCGUCCUCGUCCUCGUCAUCGGCACGCUUACUGUUGUCCGCUCGCAAGCGCUCGAGCCGAUGACUAAGCUUGGAUGGGGAGCGUGGACCGGCAUGACCGAGAACCCGCCGCACCUUGUUGCGCUCGGCGCCGCGCUGGCUGACGACGUCCCGCAGUUCCGCGACCUUCUUCCAGACGUCUACUUUCGGCGGUACUGCGACAAGCUCGUCGUCCUUCUCGUCCAGGCCUUCCGCGACACCGUGCUCCUCCUCGGCCGCAUCGCCGACGAGGGCUCAGACCAACUGCUGCUCGACUCGCAGACGCUGCGCGCCCUUCUCCUCGAGCUUCCCAACCUCGCCGCGGAGCCGCGGCCCAUUCCGCGCGGAUUUGUCCGUGUCGUCAACAAGGAGCUCGACAAGCUUGAUGCCGUUCUCAAGGUGCUCAAGACGCCGCCCGAGGCCAUGGUCGACAUGUACACCGCCUCGGUCCCGUCCGGUAACGCCUCGCAGCUCCGCAAGAUCUUUGAGGCCAAGGGCCUCAAAAAGUCGCAGAUCAACGCGUACAUGGCUCUCUACACCGGCCCGCCAGGCGAUGUCGACGCUCCUGACGACGACCUCCCGUCCGAAGACGACCCUGCUGGCACCUCGGCUGCUGCCAGCGAGUCCUCCUCCCGCACCGCCCGCCUUGGUCGCAAGCUCCUUGGCCGCUUUGGCCGCGAGAAGGGGAAAGAGUAGUAGUUGGCGAGCCCCGAUCAACAUCAACGUGAUUGAACAAAAAGGCCACGACC